AUGCCAGUAAGCAUUUUUGAUCAAAAGGUGUCUGUCAUUGGCCCAUCUUCUGCACUUGAGCUGAAAAGUCAAGCACAGCCCACGAGGCCAAAGCUCACUCAAAUUGAUAAAGUUAGUGGGUGUGGGGUAAUGAAUAUCAUUUUUAGGCUACUGGAACUUCUUGGGAGUGCUAAAAAUUGGUCACAUGUCAAAAUUGAUUGCAGAUUUGGGGAAUCUGUGAUUUCAAAUUUGGUUGAUGGGAAACACUGUGCAAUACUUUUAGACACAUGGUGUUUUGCAGAAAAUCCCAAAUUAUAUACUGAGAAGGAUAAAAUAAUUGUGGAGGAGCUAUACAGAAAAAUCAGCUACCCAACUUUUGUGGGUCUUUUGAAGGAUGAAGAGUUAAUUGAUGGUGACCAUUUAUUUGAAGACCUUUUGUCUGUUCGUUGCAAUUUAACACACUUGACAGUACUGCAGAUACUGAAGAAAGACUUAAAAAUUUCAUGUGGAAUACCAAUUCCUGUGCUUCCUGUUCUACUUCAGGAAUUUUUGAAAUUACAUACUAUUGAGGAACUGCAGAAGUUCACAAAAGAUUUUGAAUAUAAAGGCAUUAUCUUAAUAGGAGUAACAUUUUCAAAUGGCAGAUAUGCACAAGACAUAGCAGUAUUCUCAACAGACAAAUAUUUCUUGGACUUGAUGACAGAUACAUUGGUUACCUCAAGAGACCCUGACCUCCAGCUGAACGAAGUGACAGUCUACGCUAACAUGGAGUAUAUAAAAGUCUUCACACAACAAAAUUUUAAAGCAACUAGGAAACAAAUUCUGCCCAUUGUGAGGGAAUUUAUGAGACAUUUCCUAAGUCCUCCAACAGAAGGUUGA